GCACGGAGAGUUUGGAAGAAACGUGAGAUAGAAACGUUUUGACUAAAAAAUAUUUCAGAAGUUUCAUAAAUCAACAUACAAUGUAUAAUGGGAUAGGAUUAGAGACUGCACGAGGUUCUGGAACAAAUGGUUACGUUCAACGGAACUUUGCCUUUGUGCGUCAAGGGAAGAAUGAUAUUAAAUAUAAAACUGAGGAAGAUAUUAAGAGAUUAGAUGCUUCUACUAACCGGGAACCCAACCAGGGAAUUCUGGACCAUGAGAGGAAACGCAAACUCGAGGUUAAAUGUAUGGAGCUGGCCGAGCAGCUGGAGGAGCAAGGAUAUUCAGAGGAAACUGUUCAAGAGAAGGUUUCUCUGUUCAGGAGUCAGCUCCUUAGUAAAGAGAUGACCAAGAAAGCUUUCACUGAAGUGGAUGAGUUUGGUCGGCCGGUGGGGAAAGACACGCAUCAGAUUGCCGAAGCACAAAAGGAGAAGAACGCCAGACUUAAGGACGCUUUCGGUAUCUCGGAAAAGUUUAUCGAGGGUAGUAGUUUUGACAGGAAGGCUUUGGAGGUUGCAACCAAUCAGAUGGCUAAGAAAUACGAAACGAUACCCUCAGACGAGGAGAAGAAAAAGAAGAAGAAGCGUAAAAGGAAAGCGUCAGUUAGUUCAUCGUCAUCCUCCUCAUCUUCAGAUUCCGAGGACGAGAAAAAGAAAGAGAAGAAAGGAGUGGAGAAAAAGAAAUCUCCGUCUAUAUCUCGGGAGAAGGAUACAAGACGAGCGGAGAGGAUGGACGGGUUUCCCAAGAUCAAGGACGAGCGUGAUAGUCCUGUAAGAUCUAUCCGUUGGCAGAUGAAAGGACAGGAGGAGACCAGAACGACAAGGGGGAUUGAAGGGAGGACGACUGAUGAAUCCAAUAGACACCGGGACCAGUAUGAUAGACAGGAUGAGCACAGAAAUGGGGAUUCCCGUGAGAGAAGACGACGAAGUGUAUCUGAUUCUGAGAACGUGAGAACACGCAGAGACAGGUCCGACUCCAGGGGCAGUAGAAGACCGGCAGAAGUCAGCAGAUCUCCUUCUCCUGUCAGAAACAAACGACGCGCUCCGUCUGCGGUGAAAAGAAAACAUUAUUCCCGCUCUCCUUCUCGAGAACAGCGGCGGGGAGGAAAACAUCCCUCUUCUUCCCCUGAACUCACUAGACACGAUACACCAGAGAAUAUAAGAAAAGCGGAGGAAAGAAGCAAUAAAUCUAGAAGGAAAUCUUCACUCUCUUCGGAAGAUGAAACCAAGACAAGAGCAGCACAGAAAUCUUCUAAACGGAAAGGAUCUGUAUCCUCAGAUGAUGAGAAGAUGGAGAGAAGAGUACCCCAGAAAUCUUCGAGACGUCAAGUCUCCUUGUCCUCUGACGAAGAAGAUUCCAGAAGAAAAUCUCGUAUGGUCUCUGAGAAAAAAGAUCCACGUAGUAGGCGUCAUGAUUCAUCCCCGGUAGUAGAACGGAGAGCUUUGAGUCCUGAUGAAAGUAGAGGCCGGCGAAAAGCUCCAAAUGGAAACAGGCAUGACAGUUCUAGUCCCGAAGCAAGGAAGAAAACUACAAGAUCCCCGUCGUCCAGGCAAGAAAGAAGAGAAGAACGAAGCUCUAAACCUAGGAAGGAAAUUAAACGAGAGAAGAGUGCCAGUUCCUCAAGUGAAACCCAGGAAACUAACCGACAGAAGGAGAGUAAAGAAUCAUCUCCCGAACCUACAAGAAGAUAUAAACAUAGGAGAGAAGUUCCUGAGGUUCAGGUUAAGAAUGAACGGGACAGAUCUCAUGAUAAACCCAACAAGGAAGUGGAGAAGAAGAAAGAUACAACCGAAGAUGAGGAUGACAGUGUGAAGGAGAAGAUCAAGGCCCUGAAGAAGGUUGAGAGAAUCCUGCAGAAAGAGCUGGAAGCUAGACGAACCAAAAGAACAAAGAAUUCCAGUUCCUCAGAAUCCAGUAGUGACGAGGACGAGGCAAAUAAACCUAAGAAGAAGAAACCAGUGUUGAAAAGGAAACCGAAGAAGAAAGAAUCUUCGUCCGAGUCCUCAGAGUCCACUUCAGACUCAGAGUCCGAGGUAGAAGUUAAGGAAGAGAAGAGUCCCAGUCCAGAACCUGUAAAAUAUAAACGACGAGCUUCACCACCCGCUUCGUACAGACGGUCGGAGGAAAGGAGUUCGAGACGAAGAAGUGUCAGUCCUCCCCCAGCCCGAUCCCGCCCAGCAGCUAGACAAAGUAGAUCAGUAUCUCGGAGUAAAGAUGGGCAAUCCAGGAGACGAACAGACCGUUCUGUUAGUCGAGGGACCCGGAGAGGGGUCAGAUCAUCAAGAGGACGGGACGUGUCUCCUCCGCGAAGAUCAACCAGCAGAACGAGAAGAACACGUCGAAGUAGAAGCAGAUCACAGAAAAGACGUUCACCGUCUAGAUCUUCCAGUGAAGAGCGGAUGAGAAAGAGAAGACGGCGCAGUGACUCCUCUGAUCUAGAGAAACUAGAUUAAAAUACUUCAAUAUAUAUUAAAAUAAUCCGUAUCAUGAUCUUGUAUUUAGUUCUAGGAUCUUUAGUAUUCAUGUCUCCCCUUUGCGUAAAGAUUAAAAUUUUAAACCAUUAUCGACUAAAUUGUGAAUAAUUUUAUUUGACUUAUCUCCCCUCAAAUUUAAUUCCCAGUUUAUAUUUAUUUUGUAUCCUGAAUAUAUAUCUUGAAGAUGUAUUCCACAGAGUUAGUGUUGUUACAUCUUGUCGUUUCAGAA